AUGACGGAUAAUUCAGUAGUUUACGAUGUUCUAGUAAUUGGAUGUGGUCCCGGCGGCUUCACUGCGGCGACGCAAGCUUCACAGGCAGGCCUGCGUACAGCCUGUGUUGACCGUCGUGUCUCUUUGGGAGGCACCUACCUCAUAGACGGGGCAGUUCCGUCCAAGACCUUGCUAGAUGAAUCUUAUUUUUACCGACAGUUACGCCAGCAGGAAGCCAUGGAAAAGCGUGGUGUAAAACUGCUGUCUGCAAAAUUUGAUAUGCAGGCAGCACAGAGCGCACUCAAGCAAACUAUAGAAGGUUUGAGUAAUAUGUACGAGCGCGAGCUUUGUAAGAAUAGUGUUACUAUGUAUAAGGGAACUGCUGCCUUCAAGGAUUCUCACCACGUUGAGAUAGAACAGCACGGUAUGGACAGGUUUAUGGUAGAAGCGAAGUACAUUGUUGUGGCGACUGGGUCUGCGGUUAUUCAGUGUCCGGGUGUUGUAAUCGAUGAGGACAAGAUAAUCUCACCCGGCAGGGCUUUGUCGCUGGAUUACGUACCUUCACGUUUUACCAUCAUGGGCGGAGGCACUAUUGGACUGGAAAUCGCGUGCAUAUUCAAUAAUUUGGGUUCGCAGGUUACCAUAAUCGAAUCUCAGGGCGAGGUGUGUCAGAAUAUGGACCAUGAGUUGGCUUCAGCCACCAAAACACUCUUGCAGUCUCAGGGUGUUAUUUUUUUGUUGGAUACAAGAGUGAAAUUUGCGGAAACAGAUGUUGCUGGUCAGUUGAAUGUGACGUUACUGAACAAACCGUUGAAGAAAGCACAUGUACAUCACUGUGACGUAUUGAUGGUUUCUAUUGGCAGGCGUCCCCUUUUAGAAGGCUUGCAUAUCUCCAAUCUUGGCUUAGACGAACGGGAUUUUGUGGAAAAGAUUGAUAAACAAAGUCUAAGUCUGCUAGGAUACCCUCAUAUUAAGCUCGUUGGUGAUGUCGCUAUAGGCCCCAUGCUAGCGGCCAAAGCAGAGAAACAAGCUGUACGGGCCAUUCAGUCAAUUAGCAGUACAUGCCCCAUCGUAACUCCGACUUGUAGUUUUCCACCAAAUGUACUCUAUUGCCAACCCCAAAUAGGUUGGGUUGGAUACACUGAAGAGGAGUUAAUUAACGCUCGUGUCCCAUACCAAACAGGUAAAGUUUUCUUUUCGGAAAACAUAAGAUACAACACGUUACUGUCACAGAAGGAGAGCACUACAGUUUCUUCUUUCAUUAAGGUAUUGGUCGAUUCUCAUACCAUGAAACUACUGGGUGUUCAUAUGGUAAACGACGAUGCAAAUGAAUUGUUGUCGCAGGCGUCCAUGGCGGUGUCACUUGGCCUUACCGCCCAUGAUAUUUGCAAGGUAACGUUUCCACACCCAAGCCUAUCGGAAUCGUUUAAGCAGGCAGUUCAGUUAGCAAUUGCGAACGGAAAAUUACCUGGUGUAAAUGUCCGGGAAUAG